UCCCCGCUCGGAGGGACUCGGCGCCUGGCCGGCCUCCUUCCUUCCCUCCCGGGUGCCUGCCCCGGUAACGGUCGCUGUGAGUUUAAAUGAGCAGGGGCCGGGCCGGGCCCGAGCCGCCGCCGCCACCGGGACACGGACUGAGGCGGAGCCGGGGCCCGCCCCGCUGCGGGCGCUGAGGGGACAGGAUGACGGUGCUGCAGGAACCCGUCCAGGCUGCUAUAUGGCAAGCACUUAAUCAUUAUGCUUAUCGAGAUGCAGUGUUUCUGGCAGAAAGACUAUAUGCAGAAGUACACUCAGAGGAAGCACUGUUUUUGCUGGCAACAUGUUACUACCGCUCAGGAAAGGCAUAUAAAGCAUACAGGCUCCUAAAGGGACAUAGCUGUACCACCCCACAAUGUAAAUAUCUGCUGGCAAAGUGUUGUGUCGACCUCAGCAAGCUGGCAGAAGGGGAGCAGAUUUUAUCUGGUGGAGUGUUAAAUAAACAGAAAAGCCAUGAUGAUGUUGUAACAGAGUUUGGUGACUCAGCAUGCUUCACCCUCUCAUUACUGGGACAUGUAUACUGCAAGACAGACCGGCUUGCCAAAGGAUCCGAAUGUUACCAAAAGAGCCUUAGUUUAAAUCCUUUCCUCUGGUCCCCUUUUGAAUCGCUAUGUGAAAUAGGUGAGAAGCCAGAUCCUGACCAAACAUUUAAAUUAACAUCUUUGCAGAACUUCAGCAGUUGCCUGCCCAACACUUGCACAACAUUGGUGUCUAAUCACAACAUAUCCCACAGACAGCCUGAGACUGUCCUUAUGGAAACUCCACAAGACACAAUUGAAUUGAACAGACUCAACCUGGAAUCCUCCAAUUCAAAAUAUUCCUCCUUGAACACAGAUUCCUCUAUGUCUUACAUUGACUCAGCUGUAAUUUCACCAGAUGCUGUCCCUCUUGGAUCAGGAACUGCCAUAUUGUCUAAACAGGCUCAAAAUAAACCAAAAACUGGUCGGAGUUUACUGGGAGGACCAGCUGCUCUGAGCCCAUUGACACCAAGUUUUGGAAUUUUGCCACUAGAAACCCCUAGCCCUGGAGAUGGAUCAUAUUUACAAAACUACACUAAUUCAUCUUCUGUAAUUGAUGUGCCAUCUACAGGAGCACCUUCAAAGAAGCAGAUGGAGACUGGACAUCUUUUUGGUGAUAUCACCCCUGUAUAUAAAGGGCUUGCUGCCUUGCUGAGCUCAGUUGUCUCUCUCCAGCAGUCUGUCACCAGGAUAAGCCAAGCGGGAACAAAGUCUGUCUUCUCACAGAGUGGAAAUAGCCGGGAAGUCACUCCAGUCCUUGUUGCACAAACACAGAGUUCUGGCCCACAGACAAGUACAACACCUCAGGUAUUGAGCCCAACCAUUGCUGCUCCACCUAAUGCACUGCCUCGAAGAAGUUCUCGCCUAUUUACUAGUGAUAGCUCUACAACAAAGGAGAACAGUAAAAAGUUGAAAAUGAAGUUCCCACCUAAAAUUCCAAACAGAAAGACAAAAAGUAAAACAAAUAAGGGAGGAAUAACUCAGACAAACAUAAACGAUAGUCUGGAAAUAACUAAACUGGACUCGUCCAUCAUUUCAGAAGGGAAAAUCUCCACUGUUGCACCACAGAUCCAGGCUUUCACGCUACAGAAAGCAGCAGCAGAAGGAUUGAUGAGCCUUCUUCGUGACAUGGGGAAAGGUUAUUUAGCCUUGUGUUCGUACAACUGUAAAGAAGCGAUAAACAUAUUAAGCCAUUUACCUUCUCACCACUACAACACUGGCUGGGUACUGUGCCAAAUUGGGAGAGCUUACUUUGAGCUUGCAGAAUAUAUGCAGGCUGAGAGGAUAUUCUCUGAAGUAAGAAGGAUUGAAAACUACAGAGUUGAAGGCAUGGAGAUUUACUCUACAACACUAUGGCAUCUUCAGAAGGAUGUUGCACUUUCAGUCCUAUCAAAAGAUUUAACAGACAUGGAUAAAAAUUCACCAGAGGCGUGGUGUGCCGCAGGAAACUGUUUCAGCUUGCAACGGGAGCAUGACAUUGCAAUCAAGUUCUUCCAGAGAGCCAUUCAAGUUGAUCCAAACUAUGCGUAUGCCUACACUCUGCUGGGGCAUGAAUUUGUAUUAACAGAAGAACUAGACAAAGCAUUAGCCUGUUUUAGAAAUGCAAUCCGAGUCAAUCCUAGGCAUUAUAAUGCAUGGUAUGGGUUGGGAAUGAUUUAUUACAAACAGGAGAAAUUCAGCCUAGCAGAAAUGCAUUUCCAGAAAGCACUCGAUAUCAAUCCUCAGAGCUCAGUCUUACUCUGUCACAUUGGAGUAGUCCAGCAUGCACUGAAAAAAUCUGAAAAGGCUUUGGAUACUCUAAACAAAGCCAUUAACAUUGAUCCGAAGAACCCGCUAUGCAAAUUCCAUCGAGCCUCAGUAUUAUUUGCAAAUGAAAAAUAUAAGUCUGCUUUACAAGAACUUGAAGAACUGAAACAGAUUGUUCCCAAAGAGUCUCUUGUUUACUUCUUAAUAGGAAAGGUUUAUAAAAAAUUGGGUCAAACUCAUCUGGCCCUUAUGAAUUUCUCGUGGGCAAUGGAUUUAGAUCCUAAAGGAGCCAACAACCAGAUCAAAGAGGCCAUUGAUAAACGUUACCUUCCAGAUGAUGAGGAACCAAUAACUCAAGAAGAGCAGAUCAGCGAAUGUUAUCCAUAUGAGUCAGUUGGCACAGAUGAAUCGCAAGAGAGCAGCAUGACAGAUGCAGAUGACACGCAACUCCAUGCAGUUGAAAGUGAUGAAUUUUAACCUCCAAAAGCCAGUAUCUGAGCUUGGAUGUGUGAUUGGAACUGUUGUGUUCUCCCCUUCCUUCACGUACUGGGUCUUCACAUCACUGAGCCAGCAUUGUCAUUAUUCUCCACCGACACCAUGAGUGCACCACUCAUCAGAUUUUAAACAUACACCGAAUUAAUGGCAGUGCGAUGUUCAGCUGCUUCUGAGACUGACUAGUGGCUCUUACACCUUUAUGAAAUGACUCUUGGAGGAGGAAAACAAUAUUUUUUUUCCAACUCCUCCUUUGUUGGAAAGCUAUCAUGGAAGAAAGACUUGUGGUUUGCUAUAAGUGAGCCGAGAGAUGUGGGAAUAGAACAAGAAACUGCUUCCUUAGUACUUUCUCCAGAAAUGUGUCUUAGUUUGAUUCUUUCUUGGUAAGCAGAGUGCUGAACUUCCAUUUCCAAGUUCUUCAAAGACAGCGUUAAGUGCAGGAUGGGACAGGUUAAAAAAUUUUUGCAUAUUAUAGUGUAACUUAAAUGCCAGGGAAUGUAAAUGACCUUAAAGCUACAGUGUCUCCAGUGAACAAAAUACAAUGUACAUGCUCAGGAUUCAGGGUGUGUGUCAAAAUAUAUAAUAUAUCCGGGGUCCCUACUUAGUGUAAACUUGUUCUUAGCCAGAGGAGCACAUUGCAGCAUAGCAACUAUUACAGAACGCUUUAAUAUUCUAGCCAAGAGUUAAUUUAUUCAUCUAAUUUCCAAAAUGUCAAUUAUUGUCUACUUAGUACUUCAGCAAAACAAGUCAUUAAUGUGUUGACUCUUCUUCAGGUGCCCCUUGGAUUCGGUUCUAAUGUUCAGAGAAUAAAAAGUUUAUUAUAAGAGCAAAAUAAAGAGAGACAUGUAGAUAAAAUUGUAAUGUUGAAAGGAUAAAAGUAAUAUAAGCCACAGUGACAACUUCUUUCUAAGUAGAUAAAGAAGCCAGGAAGACAGUGUAAGCCUUAACACAAUCAGAACCUUACAGUACGAUGUAUCAAAUAUUUGUCUAAGACAGUAUCCUUUUAAAACUAUUUUGUAAAGUGUUGUCUGAGCAGGAUUGAAAAAUGUGCAAUUAUCUUAUUUUUUUUUUUCAGCCAUUCUUUAAGAUUCUUGGAGAAAAUUCUCACUCUAUAUCUGUAGGAAUUGAGCGCCCUGGAGGCUGUUUCUGUGAGAAGAAAGUGAGGCUAUAUUAAAGAAUCCAAAUUAUCUUUCUCUGUAGUGCUCUGCAACAAAGAUUGGUGCCCUUUAUGCAGUGACUGUAAAGAAAGUGUAUGAUAUCAUAACAGUUUUUUAAAGAGCAAAUUGUGCACAAUAAAUUGGGAAUGAUUCAAAUUUCACAGCAACAUAUUUGUUGUGAUCAGUCUUAAAAAUUUGUUCUGUUCCUUUCCUUUUAAUGUAUAUUGUUUUUUAGAAGACCUUUAGUUACCAUUGGUAGAACUUUAAUUUUUUUUUUAAUAUAUAUGGUUUUUUUUAGUGUCCUUGUCCUAGAUUAGGUACAAACAUGUCCUAUCACGCCUACUGUUUGGUUGUGAGAAGCAUUUUUUACCGUAAGGAAAAAAAAAUUCACAACACCUGCACAAAAAAAUCAUUCUCCAUUAUUCUGAAGUGGGUAGACAAGCAGUGAAAAUAGGCUGAAUUCCAGUCAUAGUGAAAAUCUCUAAACCGUGGGAGGUGAUAUUGGAUGAAGCUUUGUGCUUUUGUCAAUACUGUAAAUCUGUUUUGUUUUUGAAAGUGGACUAAAUCUCAUUCUAAAUCAUGCAAGUGUUUCAGCUGAGUAAAGAGUGUACUAGAUGCAGGAUUUCUUUGGUGCUAGAGAAGUAUUGCAGUUAGGCUCUUGUAUGAUAAACCAUCCCUUAAAAGGAAAACACCAAGGUUGAAAUUCCCCAAUGGAAUUGUACUAUGUAAAGUAUCCUCACCUGCUGUUCACAUGUAGUAUUCAUUAAGUUACCUAUAUCUGCAUGGUUUCUUUCUUUUCCCUCCCAGUCUUAAAGCAGCUGCAGCACGCCAAGAUUCGCACCUCCAUAAUAGGGUUUCCACAAGAGCGAGUUACAAAGAAACAACACAUUGUAGAGUCUGGAGCUACAGUAUGUGGUGAAUGUUAGCUAGACAGUAUAAUUGGCUACCUUUGGGUACUUGAAGUUUACAUUCUCUAAACAAAAAACAGGAAUCUCUCUCUUCCCAUGCCCCAUCUACUUGAGAGCUGGAAAAUUCUGUUUUGAAGCCCUGAGGUCUUGCUGACAAGGUUUUAGGCCCCAAAUUUGACUUAGUUUUAUUCCUUGUCUGCUUUCAAAGAGCAUGUGCUAAUUUGGGGAUUUUCCCAAAACAAAUGCUGCUUGUUUAUUUGGGGGCCAGAGAUGGAAAAUAGCCAAUCCCCCCCAUAUGGGAAAAAAUACCUUGAGUUUCCUUUACAGCAGUUUAAUUUUUUAAACAAUUUUGUUCUUUAAAAGUUGUAAACUGUUAUAUUGGAAUUCAUUUUUUAAAUACCCGGCAAAGGGCUCUUAUCUCAAAUAAGAUUUUAAAGGAUGAAAAUUCUAAACUGAACAUUAAUGCUCAAAAUAUUAAAUUGUCCCUUGCUUUAGAUGUAUGUCAUCACCUACAUUUUAUUUUUCUCAAGAAUUGCAAGUUGCAUUUAAAACAUGCUGCUAUUUUACCUUCUUUAAAAAAACAAACACACACAUGAGAACCAGUGUUUUAAUCAAUCUAUUUAUCUGCUCUUUGAGGGGCGAGGGAGGUGAAAUGUGAAGGCGCUCUUGACACCCAAACUAGAGCAAAUGUGUUAACUGAAGAAUUAGGGGACUGUCAUUUAUUAAUACAAAAAUAUGAAAAAAUGCAAAGCGUGGGUGUGGUGUGUACUAUUUGCAUUGAAACAAUGUAAUUUUUGUCUUUUUUCCUUUUUUUGCUUUUCCUGACUUUUAUUUCAGAAAUUGUACAGUCUUAGAAAAAAGUCUUUUCUGUUAAUAUAUUUGCAAUUCAUUAAAGGAUGUGGAAAUCCAAAUAAACUACUUUUAAAAGCA